GUCAGACGAAAGUGGAAAUGAAAUGUCUGGCGACUGGAGAUGUCGCGGCUGUGAAGGCUUGUGUGAGAGAGGCGGAUGUGGUGUGUUGUACUGUGCCUUCGCAAGAGCCGCUUUUUCAAGACGAGGAUUUGAUGAGAGGGAGUGCUGUUGCAGGUCGACCACGCAAACAACCGUAUAUUUCUGCGAUUGGAUCUUGGCAACCGGAUAUGAUUGAAUUGGAUCCGGCAUUGUUACGACGGGUGGUGAGUGAGAAAGACGCUUUUAAUCCUAUUGCGAAGGAUUGUGGAGGAGCGAUUAUUGUGGACGAUCGCACGGCGGUGUCGGAGCAUACGGGGGAAAUUUUGCAGAGUGGAUUGCUGCUGGAACAGAUGGUAGAGCUGGGUUCGGUGCUUGAGAUGAUGGAGAAGAAGAAUAGUGGCGAGGAUGAUCAUCAUGCGAGAUUGGAAGCGUGGCUGCGAGAGGGAUACGUGGUGUACAAGAGUGUAGGCGUGGCUCUGACGGAUCUGGCGUCAGGGGAAGCGAUCUUGGAGCUGGCGAAGAAACAUGAAGGAAUGGGGACGUUGGUGACGGAUUUGUGAGCACUUCCAGUCACGUUCACACAGGCCAUCAUUCAACUUGAGGAAAAGAAAUGUGAAAGUAAGUGAGAGCAAGGCCCGACUAAUCUUGAAG